CGUUCGGAGCGGGGGUCGGAGCGCGGACAGAAGGGCGCCGCCUCUCCCCCGCUGGUCGGAUCACAUGUUCGUGGAGAACCCGGUGCUAAAUCGCUCGCAUACGACCUGAUUCUGGGUCAGGGUUUCGUACGUAGCAGAGCAGCUCCCUCGUUGCGAUCUAUUGAAAGUCAGCCUUCGAGCCAAACUUUUGU